GAGCGCACCACCAAACCUUCGUAGUCUGUUCAGAAACACUCGUAGGUUCAGCUGUGCAGUAGCAAAAGGCUUCAGAGGAUUCGGUUAAUUUUAAAGAAAAAUUUAGCGCAAAUUAAGUGAAAACGUAAUUCGAUAAUUUGGAUUUAAGGUAAGAAUAUGCUAAAAUAAAAAAGUAAUUUAUAAAAAAUAAUGCUUGUUGCUGGAGUGCAGCGCUGCUUUGCAGUCUUUAAAAUUAAUAAUUAAUAAUAAAGUUAGUUUAUAAAACAAAAAAAAAAUUUAAAAUUCAAGCAAAAGUGUUUAAUGAUGUAAUAUUACUAAACAGAAAACGAAACAAGAAAGAAAUUAUUUACUUUUUUGCAAAUUUAUUUUUAUAUUUUCGAAAUCGAGAAAGUGUGUUCGAAAGCAAUUCUAAUCAACAAUGAAAGGAACUCGUUGUAAGCCAAUUUCUAGGAGUGCAUGUGUGUGUGUGGGUGUCUGUGAACGUGUAUGUGUGUCUGUGAGUGUGUGUUUGUGUGCACCCAUUGUAAAUUGAUGUCAAUUCGAAAUUUAUAAAAAGCUUACACCAACCACCAACUUACUGCAAUUGUGUACAAAAACAGUGUUUGUGCAAAUUGAAAUUUCGAUAAUCGAACUCAAUUGAUUCCGUGCAAUGCAACGCUAGAACGUUUCAGAAAAAAAAAUGCAAAAAAGGCAUUUCAUCUGAGGCAGCAAAGGUAACAUCCAAAUAGUCGCACGCAUUUUAGUGCAGUGGGCGCGUGAACGUGAACCGAGUGCGAUCUCAAAACUGUUUCAGGGACAAGCAGCGAUUACCACAAUCAAUCAACAAAUAUAUAAAUAAUGGCCGAUGAAGCACAAGCACCACCAGCAGCCGAGGAAGCGCCACCAGCAGAGGAGGCGCCACCAGCAGAGGGUGCCGAGGGCGCGCCCGCCGAAGCGGCCGCUGAUGCGCCACCAGCUGAACCCAUCAAACACUCCUACACCCUCUUCUACUUCAAUGUGAAAGCAUUGGCUGAGCCGCUACGUUAUUUAUUCGCAUACGGCGGCAUCGAGUACGAAGAUGUGCGUGUCACGCGUGACGAGUGGCCGGCACUCAAGCCGACAAUGCCCAUGGGUCAAAUGCCAGUACUGGAAGUUGAUGGCAAACGUGUACAUCAGAGCAUUUCGAUGGCCCGCUUUUUGGCUCGUACAGUUGGUCUGAACGGUGCCACACCGUGGGAGGAUCUACAAAUCGAUAUUGUUGUUGAUACCAUCAACGAUUUCCGUCUAAAAAUUGCAGUCGUCUCCUAUGAACCUGAGGAUGAUAUCAAAGAGAAGAAACUCGUAACACUCAAUACCGAAGUCAUUCCAUUCUAUUUGGAAAAAUUGGAACAGACUGUUAAGGAUAAUGAGGGACACUUCUCAUUGGGAAAGAUAACAUGGGCCGAUGUCUACUUCGCCGGUAUCAUCGAUUACAUGAACUACAUGGUAAAGCGUGAUCUGUUAGAGCAAUAUCCAGCGCUGAAGGCUGUCGUUGAUGAAGUCAACGCAUUGGAACCGAUCAAGGCCUGGAUCGAGAAGAGACCCGUGACUGAAGUUUAAGGCAAAAAAACAAAACAAAUUAAUAAUAAUUAAAUGAAAGCUGACAUAAUUUUGAAUAACAACAUAAAAGAGCUGGAAGAAAGUCUUACUCCGCAUAGCAUAACUUAGCAUAGCAUGGGAAGUGCUAAACUAAAACAAACGGCGUGAGAAAGAAGAAACUUAUGCAAAACAGCAAAAAAAAAAUACAAUUCUAAACAUCACAUAAAUAAUAUUUGUAGAAAAGCCAAGCUUUUUAAACACACACACACCUACAUAUAUACAUUUUUACGGAUUUCCAUGAUAGGCAACAACAAUAACAUUUAAUAAAAAAAUAUAAAAAAACAUCUUAAAAACAAUAUUGAUCUACAUGACACUUUGUUCCUUUUUUUGUGUACUUUUUAACGGUAAUUAAUUGUGAACUAAUAUUAUUAUAUAACGGGGAAAUAAAUAGUAAUACAAUUAUAGCCAAUAACUGUUUUUGUUGUGCUAAAAAACAUUAACGGUUAUGUUAAAAUUGUUAAAUAAUAUUUUAAUUAGUUAAAUAUAUGCAUUAGUGUGGCGUAUUUUAUAUAGGAGUUGGGAAUACUAUUUUUGUUUUUAAUAUGACAAUAUAUUGUCUUAUUAUUAUUAUUUUUUAUAUUUUUAUAUUAAUUUUAUUUAAAUUUUUAUAAUAUAAUUUCUGUUAAUUAGUGCAGCAAAAUAUGUUUCCUACUGAGAAUUCCAAUCUAUUUUGCAAUUAUGUAACUGAAAUUUUCAAUUUUUCGAUAUAUGUUUAUAAUUUUCAAAUACCCAUUUUAAAUAAAGUAAAAAAUUAUUUUUAAUACAAAAACUUAUUUAAAAAAUAUAUAUCACUCAAUACACUUUUAAUUACAAAUAUUAACAGCAAAAACUAUAAACAAAGUCUAUAUUAAAUUUAAUGAGAGUCAAAUAGUUUAAAAUGAGCAAAAAAUAUUCUGAAACAAAUUAUUUUUAUUUAAUAUAAUUUUUGUCUACUGUGUAUUUGAAAUUUUAAAUAAUUAAAUUGAAGUUUGAAAAAAUCGAUGAAUAUCUGUAGAAACUAACUUUGCGCAGUCGAAAACAUUUACAAAAAAGACUUAAUUUGAAAAAUUUUACUUACUUUACUUAUACAAAGUAACUUUUCAUAUACAAAGUAAUAGUUUCAAAAUUUUUUCGAUUAAACAGAAAUUUUCUACGGUUACUGUUUUAAAAUGAUUUUAACUCUUGGAAAUGUUAAAUUGAAAAAUUGAAAAUUUAGGUUAUGUUACCUUUUACAUACGCGCACUAAAACUUCUAUAUAUUUUUUUAUUACUAUUUUAUUUUUAUUUUAUCAUUUUAAAUAAUAUUUUUUACUCUUUUCAAUGGUAUUUUAAACUCUUGGCAGGUUAUGACACUUGUAAAACUCUCUUAAGCACAUAUGUAUUUAAUUUUAUAAAAAUGUAUUUCCAUAAUAUUUUUAUCUUAUUAUUUUUAAAAAUUAAUAUUUCUAUUAAAAACUAUAUUUGUUGUUUUAAAAAACAAAUGCUAGUAGUCUAAUUAAUUACUUACUAAAUAAUUCUCUUUGCAUUCAACUCUCUAAGCACUUUAGCGCUCACUAAAACACCAAAAGCACAUUAAAGUUAAAAUAAAUUUCAAAUACAACAACAAUUUUUGAAAGAAAGUUAGUUUAAUUGCUUUUAGUGCUUGGUAAAUUUUAGUUAAUUAGUUUUCUAUAAAAAAUAAAAUUGAAAAAUUUAAAAGUUUAUUAUAAGCGAUAGGCUCCACAAGCAAACAAACAACAAAAAACAAGCUAAGCAUGCACGCACAGUUGUAUACAUACAUUUGUAGGUUUGUUAUAUUACUGCUUGCCUGCAUGCUUAGACGCUCGUACAUACAUUAAUUAACAUCUCCUUACGGGUUAAUGGUUUACAUACAUAUUACUAUUAUUAAUAUAAAAGAUAUACAUUUAGAUUGUAUGCAAGUAUUUUAGUGCCAACUUAAAAAAACUACUAUUUUUAACCACAUUUAAAUUGUACUCUAAUUUUAAACUAACAAACAUUGCAAACAAACACACUUGAGUGUCGGUAAAAAAAGUGCUAAAAAAAGCUCACCAUUGCCACUUUCAACGAAGCACCCCUUAUCAGAAAAUAUUUUAAAAUCAUAAACUCAAAUUCAAAAUCAUCAAACACUCACUAACCAACACAAAAACUCAAGUGAUUAAAAGAACAACAAAAAAUUGCAUCCAAAUGUCAAAAGAUAUUGCACAACGAACAAACGCAACUACAACGAGCAACACAACUAUUGAGAUGUACACUGGACAAGCUACCAAAAAACCAGCAAAAGAACACAUUAGAAGAAAAGCAAAGAAGAACUAUAAAUAAAAAAAAUUUGCAAAUAUCAAUAAUUUUAACAACCACAAAAUAAUAAAUUCGUGUUAAUCAAAGGCGCGUAGAGAAGACGCAGCAAUAGGCAGUUAACAUCAAUUUACUAUUUAAGCAGCGAAUGAAAAAAUACGCAAAUUAGAUUAACACAAAAAUAGCAUGUUAAAUACAACAACAAAAUAGUGAAAUUUUGAAAACAGCCGUUUUUAACGUGUAACGAAAUUUUCUUUAAUUGUACUUUAAUGUCAAAAUAACAAAAGUUACAAUAAAGAAAGCAUACAGAGA